AUUACUCUUUUCGUGAGCGUUUCUUUAACUUGAAGAAAACAUCUUUAAUGGCGGGAUCUCUUCUUCUAUUUACCCCUCCUUUCGCAUUUCUCUACUUCUUUUCUCCUUCGAACAAAGUCUAUUAGGGUUUAUCAUAUUAUAAGAGUGUAAAAUAUUGUUGCAUAAACCCUUCUUUAGUUUGCAACAACCAUGGCCUCUACUUCAGAAGCAGAAUCUGCUGCUGCUGUUCCUGCUCCUGCCGCCGCUACUUCGAGUUCAGAAGUAGCAGAGAAACCUGCGGUAGAGCCAUUGAGAUUACCAUCAAUUGAGGAAGUUCGUGGGCAAGAUAUCUGGAAUAAUUGUGCUGUUCGCAGUGUUGUUAGUGGAGUAAUGGGAGGUGGGUUAGGGAUAGCGAUGGGUUUGUUACUUGGGGCAUUAGAUAAUCCUAUGAUGCAAGAGGAAAUGACUGUAAAGCAGCAGAUUAUUCAUUCUGCAAAAACAAUGGGUAAAAGGAGUUAUCAUUCAGCCAAAACAUUUGCAAUCAUGGGUUUGGUUUUCUCUGCUGCAGAAUGUGUUGUUGAGAAGGCACGGGCAAAACAUGACACGGCAAAUUCAGCUGUAGCAGGGUGUGUUACUGGAGGUGCAUUAUCUGCCAAGGGUGGUCCACAGGCAGCGUGCCUUGGUUGUGCUGGUUUUGCAACCUUUUCGGUCUUGAUCGAGAAGUUCAUGGACAGGCACACUUGAUUAUAUAGAGAACAUUAUUCCAAAUUUAUAUACUGAUAUAUCUACCCAGCACUAGUUAUUUAUUUUCCUCUCACCCAAGAGGACGUACUUGUUUUAUUUUUGUUGUUGUUAAGAUAGCAGCUUAGUAUAACUCAGCCUGUAGAUUUCUCCCUCCUUCGAUUCUGAGCCAUUCCUACUGCUUUGAAGUCCAACAAAAGUUUGAGAUUAUUUUAAAUCUGAAAAACUAAAUGAAAUUUUGUAGGGCAAUUCAUCAUGCAAUAAUGGGGGAGAAACAAGUUCUAGAGAAUUUUGUGCUGAACUGGUUUCUUUGUGCUUUUAAUUUUGUUUGGUUUUAUUAUUGCAUA